AUGUAUGUACAGUAUAUUGAGUGCAAAAUAACAUUAAAUGCGUACUUGAAGGAGUUGGUGGCUUCCCCGGUUCGAUCCUUGGCAGAUGUUAUAGCCUUCAACAACAAACACCAGAAACUGGAAAAGAUCAAGGAGUAUGGGCAAGACCGAUUUUUAGCAGCUGAAGCAACAAAUGGGUUUGGAAAAACAGAGAAGCGGGCAUUGUUGAAUCUUGCAAGGUGGACAAGAAAUGGUCUUGUGAAAUUGGUGACAGAGAAGAAGCUAGAUGCUGUGGUGUCUCCUUACGCAAGUUUGUCACGUGUACUUGCAAUUGGGGGAGCCCCAGGUCUAAUAGUUCCAGCUGGAUACGAAAACAAUGGGGAACCAGCUGGUAUAUGCUUUGGUGGACUUCGGGGUUCAGAGCCAAAGCUAAUCGAGAUUGCAUAUGCUUUUGAGCAAGCCACUAAGAUUAGGAAGCCUCCUUCAUUCAAAGGCUUCAAGUUUUAGAACAACAUUGUAUUACUUGAAGAAUGCAGUGUGCCAUGAGAAAAGCUAGCAGUACUAGAAAAAUGGAGUUAUGUCUCUGCUCCCAAAUUCUAUAGUACAUCAGUAAGA